GUUUGUGUUUGGUGUGACGUCUGCUCUUCCUCUUAUUACGACGGCCGUAUCGAUCCUGGUUCAGGAGAAAAAGGUUCCCGGUGUGUCGCGUUCAGCCAGUGGAUUACCGUUCACCAUUGAUGAUGCAGCAUUCAGGAUUGGAACCGGAUCGAAGGGCGGGUACGGCUCAGGGCUUUGGAAAAAGGCAAAGGGCCAAACGAGGGAGCUCGUUGAUGCGAUUCGCAAGCCAUCGAUUUUCCUUCCCACACUGUUUAUUUUCUGCUGGCAAGCAACACCCUCAUCGGAUACAGCUAUGUUCUACUUUAUAACAAACAAGCUUGGCUUCCAGGCAGAGUUCCUUGGUCGAGUGAGGCUGGUGACGUCAGUCGCGUCGCUUGCGGGUGUGGCUGUCUACAACACGUGGCUGAAGAGUUUGCCGCUUGGAAAAGUUUUCCUGUGGACGACGAUCAUUGGCACCCUCUUGGGACUAACACAGCUUCUCCUGGUGACAGGAGUCAAUCGCACUCUUGGGAUCAGUGACGAGUGGUUUGCUGUGGGCGACUCACUCAUACUUGCGGUCCUUGGACAGAUCUCAUUCAUGCCGAUUCUAGUUCUUGCAGCAAGGGUAUGCCCAGAGGGCAUAGAGGCGACACUGUUCGCAACGUUGAUGUCCAUAUCAAAUGGGGCCGGCCUCACAGGCAAUGUCUUGGGCGGAGCUGUGACUCGCCUUCUUGGCGUGACUGGCACAGAUUUCACAAAUCUGGCUUGGCUAGUUUUGUUCACCAACCUGUCCUCCCUGUUGCCAUUGCCGCUUCUGUCGAUCUUGCCGCCGAGCGAUUCCAGGGACGCUGUUGAUGGGAAAAAAAGUGGUCUACUGAAGUCUGGCCUCGGUGGCCACAUCGGCAGUGCGGGUAAGAUCCAGGACGUAGACAACAAUCCAACGGUCGUGAAUACUGGCAACGGGUCCUGGGAUAUAGAAUCUCGAAAGGAUGGGAAAAAGGAGUGAGGACGUACGUGCGCUAAGGCCUUUUCUGACCGACAUCUAGACGUCAUCGCCGCCGCACACCUACAUCCAGGACUCCCAUGAUUGCAGAGUCGGAGACAUCCUGGAGAGCCCCGCUGCAAGUACGCAUGGGUGGAGCCUAUAGUGCUGUCUGCCACGUCAUGCUGUUAUGUUAUGUUAAUUAAAUCUGCGCUACAGGGCUUAGUACCACUGGACUCCCUCAAAAGACUUGACUACCGAUUGUGACCAUCUU